AGAACGAUUAGAGGUAUCGUAUAUCCUGAAUUUCCGCUUUAUUCCAAUCUCGUUUCAUCGCAUUCCACUUGACACCUUCUCGGCGCAAUCAUGCGUUUUUCCUCUCUCUUGUUGAUGGUCGCGGCCAUGUGCUGCGCCGUCCACGCAGGCUGGCUUAGCUGGUCUGCUGGCGGCGAUGGCGGCCUUACUGCCAUUCCUCUCGAGACUGGUAAUGUGUCUUAUGCUCAUGACGGUUGGUCGCCCAAGCCCACCGCCGCUCCCGAUGCAGUUCAACCUGAGGGCGAUCGCGUGCUUGAAUACCUGAAGCGCGACACGACUACCUCGAACUGGACUAACGCUGAGACGUGCGGAUGGAUCGCUGAUUCUGAGUCUUCAUCUUUCGGUUGUGGCAAUGGAACUUGCGUGACGAAUGCCAACCAUAUCGUCGCAUGUGCCACCGGUACAUUUUCACCAUUCUACUCGAUGUGCUUGAAUUACGACGCGUACAAGAGUGGUUCUUGCAAAAACGAGGAUAGUUCGACCGGCUGUUGUAUGCAUACCGAUUAUCCUGAGUGUGUGACGUACCUAUGGACAGACUCGCCCCAGCGCUCCAUGUACCGCUGCUGGAAGUCGUCGGUAAUCAUCACGAUGCUUGACGAGCCCGAGAUCGUUCUAGACCAUCCGACUCGCACACCCACCUCGAGCUCCGUGCCCCUCAUGGACGGCACAUCGACCGAGCCGAACCAGCAACCAGGCAACAUCGACGGCGCCAGCAUCGGCAAACAGAUCGGCGCAGCCCUAGGCACCAUGGCAAUCAUCUUCCUCUUCGUGCUGUUCAUCAUGUGGCUGCACAAGCGCCACCACCGCCGCCGCCUAGCCGAGGACCGCCGCCGCGUGCGCGAGCACCUGAACUCGCGGCUGCGCCACGCGCAGACCGUGCAAGUGCCCACGGCCGCGGACCGCGCGACCGAGUUCCGCACGCGCCAGGCCUACGCCGCGAUGCUCGACGGCCCGCGAACCCCGGACCAGACUUUCAUCCACAGCCGCAACCGGCACGGCGCCAUUCACCUGGACCAUCUGAACCCGACCUCGUCGACGGCCGCGAUGUGCGGAUCCGAGGCUGAGCUCGGUCCUCCUGGUUACGACGUGCAAUUUCAACAGCACCGUCACCGCGCGCCCGGCGGCACUUACGCCUCUGUCAGCGAUUCGGUCCCCAUGUCGCACCGCGUUGAGACGCCGCCCCCCACGUACCAGCCCAGCUUCCUCUCGAACUCGACGCUAGGCAUCGGCGACAUGGCGAGCCGCGGCACUUUACGCACGGGUCUAGCCCAGGGCGAAAGCCAGCCGAACUGGAUCGAGCUCUCGCGCUCCUCUCCCACUCUGCCCGCGGCCACGCGCCGCGCCACGAUGUGGCACCCCGAACCUGGCAACGGCGGCGGCGGCGGCAUCCCUGCUAGCUCGACGUGGCAGGAUGUCAGCGGCAGCGUGCUUAGCGACGAAGAACGCGAGGGCCAGGGCGAGGCGGAGCGCAAGUCUAAGGAGCUUGUUCGCGCGGUGGCUGAGGAUGAUGAUGAGUCGGUUUUCCAUUCCGCGGUUUUUGGUACCGUGCGUCGUGAGGGUCUGCAGAAGAAGUAGGUGUGUUACCUACGUCUAGGUAGGAAUACGACAUGGUGGUUAAGGAGUUUUUUAUGGCGGUGGAUGGUUGGUGGGGAGGAGAUCCGUUGAAAUG